AUGUUGCGCGACCGACUGGUGUGCGGGGUGCGAAGCGAGACUCUUCAGCGUCGGUUGCUGGCAGAGCCGGAGCUUACGUUUGCGACAGCUCGGGAGAAAGCCAUUGCCGUGGAAUCUGCGCAGCGACAGACUGAGCAAAUUCGCGGCAGUGCCACAUCGUCUGAAGUAUGCAGCGUGAGCGGGAAGAGUUUCGACCCAUGUGUUACGAAGGUCUCUGCGCCAGUGACAGCCAAGGAGGGUACCCAGAAGCAGGCUGGUUCGCCUGGGAGCACAAGUGGAUGUUUCCGCUGCAAGGGUGCGCAUUCGCCACGCAGUUGCCCAUUCAUUAAUGUGAAGUGCCACUGCUGCAAGCAACGAGGGCACAUAGUAAGAGCAUGCAGGAGGAAGGCUACAGCUCGCGCUUCGGCUGAACCGAACUCUCCGAAUGGAAAACGGGCCAAUGGAGGCUGUCACAAGAAUGCUGCGUCGGACGUAUACGACGUGUUCGUACUGUUUGGUGAGGAGCCAACUGUGAGAGUGGAAGUGCGCGUCAACGGAAGUCCCCUAGAGGUGGAGGUGGACUCCGGUGCGGUGUGUUCAGUCAUCAACGACCGGACUAUGCGGAAGCUGCGAAUAUCGAAAAGGGCGUUGCGCUCAAGUAGCCUUCACCUCCGAGCUUACAAUAACAAGGAACUACGAGUGUUGGGUGAACUGACCGUGACGGUGGAAUUUAGGGGGCAGGAACAUCGCCUGCGAUUGGUGGUGGUCAAGGGUGCUAGUAUCGGACUUAUCGGUCGGGACUGGUUCAAGUCCUUGGGAAUAGGUCUGAGUGGCGUUCACAGUGUGUGCGAGCGGAGUAGAACUGGAAGUAAAGGAACAACGGCCUUGCUCAAGAAGCAUUCUUCAGUCUUCGAGCCUGGACUUGGGACAAGUAAAGGGCCUCCUAUACGCAUAGAGGUGAACCCGGCAGCUCCGCCGCGAUUUCUGAAGCCACGGCAAGUACCGUUUGCAUUGAGACCGAAGGUCGACGAAGCACUGGACAGGUUGGUGAGCCAAGGCAUUUUCCAGCCUGUACGGCACUCGAAGUGGGCAACAGCUGUCGUUCCAGUUGUCAAAAAAGAUGGAUCGGUAAGGGUCUGCGGGGACUACAAGAGCACAGUCAAUCGUGUGGUGCAGUGGGAAACGUAUCCUCGGCCAACACCCGAGCAGCUGUUUGCCAGGCUGCCAGGUUGCUCGAAGUUUUCAAGGCUAGACCUCGGACAAGAGUAUCAACAGAAGACUGUUGAUGAAGAAACAGCUGACUUGUUGACAGUUCCAACGCAUCGGGGACUGUUCCGCGUAACCCGUCUUCAAUUUGGCGUGGCAGUGGUAGUGGCUAUUUUUCAGAGGUACAUGGAAGAACUGUUGCAUGGAAUUGAUGGUGUGCUGGUGUUCUUGGAUGACAUCUUGAUAGGUGGAAGGGAUGAGGCACAGCACCAUGCUCGUUUGCAAGAGGUGCUCAAAAGAAUCCACGAAGACGGAGCAGCACAUGCCUUGGAGCCACUGUACCGGCUGUUGGACAAGGGUAGCGAGUGGCGUUGGACGGGAGCCGAGGCAGACGCAUUUCGCCAGGCGAAAGAUCUGCUACAAUCAUCGCAUGUUCUUGUGCACUAUGAUGUCAACAGGCCCCUAGUGCUUGCCUGUGACGCUUCCCCGUAUGGACUGGGUGCUGUGUUGGGUCAUGUGGGGGAAGAUGGCAGCGAGAGACCGGUUGCAUAUGCAUCAAGGACUAUGAGAGCGGCAGAACGGAAGUAUGCCCAAACAGACCGAGAAGCGCUCACCAUCGGCAUUGGCAUUAAGAAAUACCAUCAGUUUCUGUAUGGGAGGCAUUUCAAAAUUGUGACGGACCACAAACCCCUCUUAGGACUGUUGCACCAUGCCAAGCCCAUUCCCCAGGUGCUAUCACCACGGAUGCUGCGCUGA